UUGUACAUUAAGAAAAUGAUUGAAAUUAUUGUACAUUAAGCAACUGAUUGAAAUAAAUCUAUUGUGACAGUAAGACAGUCUGUACAUCAUUCUAAUGAGAUGUUUGAUGUUGGACAAACACAUAAGUCUUGACUUUCAGGUUUCUAAAAACAAAGUUAACAUAAAAUGAAACAAAAUCCAUUAAUUUUGAAAAGGACUGUCUUAAGUAAACAGCUACUUCUUGGACAACUUGAUGGCUUCUGCGAUUAGAAAUAAAACAAACACACACAAAAUUCCCAUUGCUCAGUUGUUUCUGACGCAGAUAUGGUGUCCUCCUGACACUUCCAGGUUGUUUCCCAGUCAUGCUAUUUCUUCUCUCAGAAUAUUUCUAAAAGUAAAUGCUCUUGCGGGUCCAAAUCAUUAAAGGCAUUGUCCAGACAUGCAUUCUUUUUCAUUUCUCUCAUCCUUCAUUCUUAUUUUCUCUUUUGGUCUCUCUAGCACGCAUUAACUCUAUCACUUCUCCAAAAAUGCUGUUCCUGAAACCUUCUUUCUCCGUCCUUCUCAAAUUGCUUGGGAGAACUAGAGCUUCAAGUUGGAGGACGUUUCACAGAGGCUACCACCACAUCAAAAAUAACAUCUACGUUGUAGCAUAAUCAGAAUUAACCCUUACCCAAGCACAGUGGUUCUCACAUUUCAAGAGAGGACAUUUGGGUCAACAUGACACUGCAAGGCGUAUGAGAAAUUUGCAAUAUUUUGCCCUCUGGGAAGCUGCUUCACCUAUUACAGAAUUUCAAAUAUGGGUAAGCCCAAUGAUUGUUAUUGUCUCUUUAUUUGCUGAGAGAAGGAAAAUAUGGGGAAAUGUAUCUUUAAAGAUGUCUUUUAUUAUGUUAUGCAGUAACUCUUUUUACACCAUGUGAACCUGCUAGAACUAAGGAUCUAAGCGGUGCAGUAUAUCAGAGCCCAAGAUUCCUGAAUAACUCACAUAUUAUGCCUCAUUUUGAAUAUCUCCGUUCUGCUCUUCUGGUUUUACACCUUCCCAUUGAUCAAAUGUACUGACACAUCUUCCCAUAAAAACUUUCCUAUUUUACCUUUGUCUCUUAUGGCACAGCAUGGUUCUGUUCCCCCAAUAAUCCUACUCUAAGUUGUUUAUAUGCCGUCCAGCCGCUUAAGCAUUUUCUAUACUUCUCCUGAUGUUGCUUUCCAUGUUUGGAAUGAAGUUCUUCAACUGGCAGUAGCUUCAUAAAGCUGUAUACCUAUCACUCUUCAAAUCCCUAAUUCCGGAGUGAGCUCUUCUGUGAAAAUAAAAAGAAGUUAUUUGGUUAGGGAUGCAUGGCCUGAGCAGCAGCUAUACCCACUCCAUGAAUUUCCUUCUCACAGAGCUGAUGUGUUGACAGGCAGGCAGGAGUAGGAAGCCUGCAUUGCUGCUGAUAGUGCUGUAACUGUUCUCAGAGUUCUCAAUCAAGUCCCUUCUAGGAGUGCAAAGUCAUGAUUACAAAGUUGUAUGCAAAAGAACUAAAUAUUCCCGUGGAAGUCUUAAUAGAGCUGAUGCAACUUGUGCUGAAGCUAAUGGCAAAUUCCCAUUCUUUUCACUCUGAACUGGGUUAGGCCAAAUUUAUUACCAUUUUUGUUUAAAUGUUGUCUUUUACUCCUUCCAUUUUGCUGUCCAAAUUGAGAAUGUAGCCCUUACUCAAAUGCAUUAUUUAUAAUCUGUUUAUCAAAGGGUACAUCAUGCCUACACAGCCUUCUGAAGACAGCUCAAUGCUCACUCUUCAAACAAACUAAACCCUUAUCUGAAGAUAAUGUGCUCCAGGUAGCGACUGUGGGGUGCACCAUCCCACGUAAGAAAGAUACACUAACUAUGACAGGAAAUAGUUCACCUCCAAACAGCUCGCAAUGCUGCAAAAGAUUGUGGAAAUAUUGCUGCCCAGAUCAUGGAAAGUUUAUAGGUCCAGCUGGGAACUUGUUUUUUUUUUUUACUUCAAAUUGUGCACCUGAGAAACAAAAUUAGGACAGCACCUGUUUCACAAGUGGGAUCUUUACUCGUAGUACCAUUACAGACAAAAUAUGUUUAGGAAAAAAAAGAUGGUGUAAACGAGACAAAUGACAGAAAUGCAUGGCUUUCCACACUAUAUGGAAAAAUGUUUUUCUUCAUAACAGAAUGAAAUCUCUAAACCAGGUUUAGACUUUCUUAACUCUUCAUGUACAAAGCAAUGCUAUAAUCCCACAACAUAAAACAGUAGCCCAGCCACUUCUGUGCAGAAGUCAGAGCGUUGCAAUGACUCCUGAGCACGAACAGAAAUAAAACCAUCAAGGUACAGUUAAUAAUAAUUUUCCAGUUGUUAUUUAUGGGCCCGAUCAGUAUUUCACAUGCAUGCCAAAUAGUAACUACUCAUGCUUGCAGUCCCAUGGGGCACAAUGGAAUUGCUUACAGCAAAGCAGAAAGUGUUGCUUCUGUGUGCAAGGUAAUGGUUAACAAAACGGGAGUUGAUUUAAAAAAAAAACCCCAAACCUUAGGAAGGCUAUUUCCAGAUUAUGGGAUGGCAGAUUUAUACUUCAGCAGAUGAACGCUACUCAGUAAGAAAACAGAGCAACAUAAAAUCUGUUUUGAAAUAAGUAUAAAAACAGUCAUUGAGAAUGUGAUGCUUUCCAAUCACAGAAUGAAGAGCAUUAGCCAGACAACGCACAAAAAAAACCCUAAACGGGUGGACUAUGGAAGAAACCACUGUAAACAGACCAUCACCUGUCUUCACAUAGUUCAGCUGCCUUCUGUAUCUUUUAAAGCAAUCUGUACUUAUCUGGUGACACACCCACUCAUCCCAGCCCCCCCAAAAACCUCUGAAAAAUAAAAUAUUCCAGGCUAUCAGACAUGAAAAAUCUCUAUUUUUUCCUUGAAUUUAUUGCUGCAAUGACAGGAAGGGUGAUUCUCCUACUCUCCCUAGGCUUCAGUUUAGGCUUUUGCUUCUCAGCAGUUCCUCUUCCACAAACACCUCCAGCACUUAGAACCAUGACUCAUCUGAGCCCACCUAAGGUCGGCUGGAGUACAAGAGGGACACGACUAUGGCUGGUCCAUAGGGGUGCUGCUCUGUGGCUCCAGACCUAGUGCAGCUAAUGAAAACCUCCCCCAACUUUGCUGCUCCUGCCAGAGAAAGCUGUGAACGGCGAAGUAAUUGUGGCAUUGUAAGAGCUCAUAACAGCAGCUCCCACUGAUUCUCCUUGCUGUCUCCGCCAGAGUAAAGGGUGAAACCUACAGUGAAAGUUUAAGCCUUGAAGGGAUGAUGACGUGCAUCAGUAUUUCUUGAGUGUUUUAUCUUUUAUUAUACGUUCCACACCGCCCCCACCCCCCUAAUAUAUCCUAAGGAAGACAAAUUUCUUUGGUGGUACUACCUAGAGACACCCUUUUAAACAUAUGCUGCAAAAAGUGGCAAGAGGUUCCUUUUUCUUGGAAAUUGGUGCUUGCCCAGCCCAGCGCCUCCUUCUCAGCGCUCAGCUCCCUUGCUCCUCUUUCUCCUUCCCUCCCCAGCACGGCCGGAGCGAUGUGGAAGCAGACAGAAAGGCAGUCGGCUGGGUUUGCGUGCAGGUUUCUAUGAGAAGGGCAAGCUGUAAAAACCGACUGUAGUCUGGAAAGAGAAAGCAAUAGGUGGAGGAAAAAAACAACCAUGAGAACCACUUCAAUAGGAGCUAACUUUCCAUUCAGAAGUAAGCCAGACGAUUUAAAAACCGGUAUCAAAGUUCCUUUUCUUUGAUGGCAGAAACGUCCUUCGCGCAAAGGGAGGAAAGAAGAAAGCUAUUCUUAGCCGGCUGGUGGUACCUUUUUUAGCAAGUUUGUUUGCCUCCUGACUCCAUCUGCUGGGAAGACACCCUGCUACCUGCUGCCCGCACCGCCGCGGUGGGCAGGAGCGCGGAGGUGAAUCACCGUGGGUUCGCUCGCUCUCCCCGCCGUCCUGGGGCUCUCUGGAUAUUUAAACGUUGGGCAGCCUGGAGCAGUCACAGCGGAGAGGUCCUCCCCUGCCAACACCCCGUGCACAACCACUUGACGCUCUCCUGCAACGUGGGGAUGAGGCUCAGUCGCCGCCGGACGCCCUGGUAGCAGGGGGCUGCUCUCCUGAGGAGACCGGGGGCGACGGGAACGGGCUUUUCCUCGCCCUCUCCUUUCCUUGAAAACGCUUACAUGGCUUCUGGAGCAGAAACGGGAAUUUAGAGGACUUUGCUGUCCGGUAAAUCCUGCGGCCGCCCGUUGUUGGUCCUCCCCGGCUCGGUGGACGGUAGGUUGUGUGAGCCAGAGCAGUUAUCUGUAGCAAAUCAAGCUGUCUUCAUUUAAGUGAUCUGUGAAGAAGUAACGUGACGCCCACAAGUGAUUUUUCCCUUUUAAAUUUAUCCCUGUUACGAUGCAGUACCAAACUGGUGAUGCUCCACACUGCCUUUGACGGGUCAGCUACAGCGUGUCUCUCCAGGAAGACUCCACAAUGAAAAAGACAACCCACAGUUGCUUCUUACUGAUCAUCCUUCUAAUUAGAAUGGUUCCAAGUCUUUCUUCUACUGUAAAUUAUACCGAUCCUACAUUAGAGCCUGUAGUAACUGAAAAUUCAGUCAUACGACAGAAGAUAAUAGAUUCGCAGUUCAAAUGCUAUGAGAGGAUGAACAGAGCUCCUCCAUAUAAGAAGAAAGGUCUGUUCUGCAACCGAACAUGGGAUGGCUGGUUGUGCUGGGACGACACACCUGCUGGAAGAAUCACUGCUCAGAAUUGUCCGGAUUAUUUUCCAGACUUUGAUCCAACUGAGAGGGCUUCAAAAUACUGUGAUGAAACUGGAAACUGGUUCCGCCAUCCUGAGAGCAACCGAACAUGGUCCAACUAUACCCUGUGCAACUCUUUCACCUCUGAAAAACUGAAGAUGGCGUUCAUACUUUAUUAUAUGGCGAUCGUUGGCCAUGCUUUGUCUAUAACAUCCCUGUUGAUUUCCUUGGCAAUUUUCUUCUAUUUCAAGAGCCUCAGCUGUCAAAGGAUAACACUGCAUAAGAAUUUGUUUUUUUCCUACGUGCUGAACUCCGUGUUUACAAUUGCCCACCUCAUUGCUGUUGUGCCUAACCCGGGCCUUGUAAAAAGGGAUCCUGUAAGCUGCAAAGUGCUGCAAUUCUUUCACCAGUACAUGUUGGGCUGCAACUACUUCUGGAUGCUCUGCGAAGGCAUUUAUCUUCACACGUUGAUUGUGGUGGCAGUGUUUGCUGAAGAGCAGCGAUUGCACUGGUAUUACCUCUUGGGAUGGGGGUUCCCUUUAGUGCCAGCAUCUAUUCAUGCUGUUGCAAGAGCCAAAUACUUCAAUGACAACUGCUGGAUGAGUGUUGACACGCACUUACUCUAUAUUGUUCAUGGACCUGUAAUGGCAGCUUUAUUGGUCAAUUUUUUCUUUUUGCUGAACAUUGUCCGAGUUUUGGUGACAAAGCUAAGGGAUACCCACCGUGCUGAGUCCAACAUGUACAUGAAAGCUGUCAGAGCCACUUUAAUCCUGGUGCCCUUACUAGGAAUUCAGUUUGUUAUUAUUCCCUGGAGACCAGAAAACCGACUUGCUGGAGAAAUAUAUGAUUACAUCAUGCAUAUAUUAAUGCAUUACCAGGGCUUACUUGUGGCAACUAUAUUCUGCUUCUUCAAUGGUGAGGUACAAGGAGCUUUGAAGAGGCAAUGGACACAGUACAAAACCCAGUGGGGCCAAAGGCGCCGAGAGCACUGCUCCACGCGGUCUACCUCCUACACUGCGACAUCAAUCACAGAAGUCCCCGUUUACCUAUACCAUCACGAUUCCAACAAUGAACAGUUAAAUGGAAGAUAUGUAGAGGACUCUGAACUUGUUGCAUUAAAAUCUGGAGAGACGUCUGCCUAGCUCAGCACCAGCCAUCGCAAAGACAUCAUUUCACAUUCUGCUUGUGAACAAAGUGGGGAGAAGGGUGGGAGUGUGGAAAUCCAAGCCACUAUGGCAGAGGGCAAGACCAGGUGAAAGGACACAUCAUAUUCAAACCACAGCAGCCUCUGGCAGCAAUGGCACAGAGGGAGCGUGACACAGCCCUGGAAAUAGUGUUUCUUCCUGCACGCUGCAGCAUGGAGUGAACAUGGACCUGUUCACCAGACAGUGUCAUCUCCACAUCUCCUCCUACCGGCUGUAUGAAGAGUCAGUUGUAACAGUGCCAGGUAGCUCAUAGCAAACAGAAAGAAAGAAGCAGUAUGUGGCAAUUGGAAACUUUAAGCAGUUUUUGCUUUUGGUACUUUUCUUUAACGCUAGAUUUUGAGCUAUCAACUUUCACAAGGUGUAACUGGCUUGGAGUCCUUUAUUUCCCCUUUUAAUGAGCUUGAUGACUUCUUAAAAGAUUUUGCACAUUGCAAGACAAAUCAAGCAGAUGAACAGAAAAAGAGUCACUCCAAAGUAUUCAAAGCUUGAUGAUCUCCAAAGGAUACCCCAAAAUAUUACCAUCCCCCAAAGAUACCCCAAAAUAUUACCAUCCCCCAAAGAUAGCCCAAAAUAUUACCAUCCCAUUAGCAAGUGCAUAAAACAGAUGAAGAUAAAAUAGUAAUUGCAUACCAAAUUCACAACACCCUCAGCGAAACAGACUGGUUCUUUAGGCUGCCUCAUACAAGUCCUGGAGGCAUCUCAAAAUAGUUUUUGCUUAACAAUACUGGUAGUUCAAGAAUAUUUAUUUAUAGGAAAAAUUGUCACCCUAUUACUCUGCCCAGAAACUCAUCAUUAAGGCACAAUCCUUUCACUCUGAAUAAACGGUGAAAUUUGUUUGGAAAUUAUUAUUUUCUUUAAUAGGCAUUCUGAGAUGAAGGCUAGAUGAAUGCUUGCCUCUGUAAUAAAAUUAUGAUCAUGGCAGUAAAGGAUCACAGGUAAGAGAUGCAAAACUAAUGUCUUAGCACAGGAAGCAUCUAUUUUUAGAAUCUGGUUGCUGCUCUGAGUCCCUAGUUGUUGAAGGUGAUGAUUUCGUGUGUGAGUCUGUCAUCAGGAAAACAUGAUGAAUGUACAGUUUUGUGAGUAAUAAGCACUUUUAUCACAUAUUCAAAGCAUCAUUAGACUCUCUGUGUGAUUACUGAGGCAGAAAUCAGGUCAGGGAGAAGCUGAUUUGCAGUUAGAAGUUACCGUACUGUCACUCCAAAAGUUCUGCAAAUCACAAAAGAAAUAAAAUAGAUGAAUUUUCCACAUUAAGCUAAUUGCAAAGAAUCUGCAAGCAGCAAGGCCAGUGCCUCGCAGGGCUGUGACUCCUAUGGAGUUUUAUGCACAAAAUGUUUAGUGAAUAUAAAGUCAUUCCAUCUUGCAUAUCUCUGAAAAACUGUCCUCUGAAAAACUCCUUUGCCUUUGGCUGAGAUGUGCAUGGGAUAUUUCAAAUACUAACAACUUCAAGAUACUCAUCAGGGUCUUUAACUUUGAAGGAAGUCCCCCUUUGCUUUCCCUGCUAAUACACUUGCAUCUGAUGCUUCCAGCCCAGCCCAAGCAGGAAGACGUGGUCAGAAGAAGAGGCAGCUGCAAGUGCCAGUGGUGACACCUGCUCAUCUCAAAUGUCUAAAUACCAGCCCUGGCCUGGGAGCUGUAAAAAUACUGCCCUACGUGGCACGUGAAUGGGAAGAGACAGGAUGCCAUUCUUUAUACUGCAGUUCCGUUCGUGUGGGAUUUCUGCUGCUGGCUCCAUCCAUAGUGAUUUUCUCCUUACCACUGCAUAAGGUACUUAAAUAUCAUGGAUUAGAAUAGUCUUAAAUCCAGAUUUUGUCAGAUAGUAAAGGGGAAGAGAAAAACUGAAAUAAGGCACUUGAGCUAGAUAACAAUUAUUUUGAGGUAAUUUUGGAGGGUACAGACAGAGGCCCUAACCCUGCAGGUGUGUUGAGGAAGGCCUGCAGGACAGUCUGUAUGCCACAAGCUAAAAAGCACUUUAGAGACUCCCAUAGAAAGAGAUCAUAAACUAGUCCUGCCAUAAACCUUGAUAAUCUAUUUCAGAUUCUAUUGAAAUUAGCAAACAAAUCCCUGUUGACUUAGAUGAUCCAUGAAGAACUCUCACAGAAUCACAGAAUGGUUAGAGUUGGAAGGGACCUUAAAGAUCAUCUAGCUCCAACCCCCCUGCUAUGAGCAGGGACACCUCCCACUAGACCAGGCUGCUCAAAGCCCCAUCCAGCCUGGCCUUGAACACUUCCAGGGACGGGGCAUCCACAACUUCCCUGGGCAACGUGUUCCAGUGCCUCACUACCCUCACAGUAAAGAUUUUUUUCCUGAUAUCCAAUCUAAAUCUACCCUCUCUCAACUUGAGGCUGUUACCCCAUGCCCUAUCACUACACUCCCUGAUAAAGAGUCCCUCCCCAUCCUUCCUGUAGGGCCCCUUUAGGUACUGGAAGGGGUUAUAAGGUCUCCUGGGAGCCUUCUCUUCUCCAGGCUGAACAACCCCAACUCUCUCAGCCUGUCCUCACAGGAGAGGUGCUCCAGCCCUCUGGUCAUCUUCGUGGCCCUCCUCUGGACCCGCUCCAACAGGUCCAUGUCCUUCUUGUGGUGAGGACUCCAGAGCUGGACAACACUCUCUUCAGUGUUCAGGAAUGACUUAUGCAACACAGUUCGGCGUAGACCUCGAAAAUAGGAGACAAUUUCAUCCUUAGCAAUUUGAAACCAUUUUUAAAUAUUGUGUUCAUUCAGGCUCAGUUUUUUCUUCACUGACACAUCUAGGCCCUAAGCUUUACUCUUCAUGUGUAAAUUUUAAAUGAAACUCCGCUGUACACGUCUACCUACAUGAGACACCAUCUCACUGGAGAAGACCCUUCCAGGGAUGAGCUCAUGAGGGACAGGCGUAACCAAGCUCUGUGAGAGGAGACCAAAUUCCCACUCUCCGUACAUGAGGCGAGCACUGAGUUGCUGGUGCUGGAACUGUAGAACAAGAGAGAGGAGAUGGGGAACAAGAACUAACUGUCUGCCGAUGCUGUGGUUUAUCGCAUGAUUAAUCUAGUGGAACAUUUACAAGAACGUACGAUCCCAUGCAUUCAUUCAAGCCACAUACCUAUUUUUCAGACUUCAAGGAAUACAAAGGCGGUUAUUUUUUCGGACAACAGUAUAUCAUGUAUCGCUAUUUCUUUUAACAGCGAACAAUGGGAAGUGGAGGAUUUAGUCAUUAAAGACAACAAGGUGGCUCUGCUAUGAAUGCUAUAGUUCUGAAUAGCUUUGGGGCACAACACACUUCCCCAGCAAGCUCCCAGAAGGCAUUCCUAGUUUCUAAAGACACAAAUGAUCUGAUUGUAAAGGAAGUGUGUGUAAUACAGAGAGUUUAAUAAUGAACACAUUGGUUUUAAUAAUGUACAUGUUUACAACAUGUAAGUACAAGUUGUUUUACAGUCUACUAUGUUCAAGUGGAUGUACAAAAUGGAAAUGCUUUGCCAUUGUAGUGGUUGUUUUUCUUUCUUCACUAAUGAUGUUUUCUUGCUCUUUUCAGUAGAAUGCUCUGAAAAGCCAAAUACGGGGUUUAGGAUCUUCAUUUGAGCUUCAGGUGGUGGAAACACUGUGUGGUUGCAUCAGUCUUUAGGGCAGCCUUGGUUUCAGUGGAAUUUAGGGUUGUCAUCACCCUUGGGCCUUGCAGGAAAGGCUUUGUUUGAGAGAUACUUACUGAGUAAUUUCUAAUCAGAAUAUUUUCCAAUGGAAAAUGCUAUUUUUCUUCAUCUCAAGAUGUUUUGAAAUGUUGUCAUUGCGCACACAAGGUAAAUGUCACUUCUCUGCUUUAUACGUAGUACCAUACACCAUAAUAUCGUGAAUGCUGAUAUGACCUUGACAAUUGCAGUGUCUUGGCUGUAGGGUGUUUUGUCUCUAAUACAUUUCACAGGAACAGAAGAAAUGCAUAAUUGAUGUAUCAGUGGAUCAAAAAGUUGGAAAGGAGCUGACACUUGAAUCCAUGGAUUCAAGGAGUAUUUUAAGAGGAAACCAACCUUAUAUUAAUCAACUCCGCAGUAUCUAUUUCCUCUCAAACACCACACCCAACACAGGAAAACCCAGUUUAGUGAACGUUUGCUCUGUCAGGAGGGUUUAUGUGUGUGCUUUGUUUGAGCAACUAGAUGUAUCAGAAAGAUGCUGGUUGUUAUUCCUUACUAGUUACAGAUACGCAGCACAAAUUAAAAGACUUUUUGUGGCAUGGGAUGCUGAAAGUAAGACUUGUGUU